CGCGGCGGGCGCGGGCGCGCGCGGCGGCAGCGCGUUCCGUUCCGGGCCGAAGCUCGCGGCUGAAAAGUUGCAGGGCGGAGAGGAGCGUCCCGGGGACGGGCAGCGAGCGCGACGUCGAGUCGGUUGCCGGCUCCCGCAGCCCCACCAUGGACGACCUCGACGCCCUGCUGGAGGACUUGGAGUCCACCACCUCCCACAUCUCUAAGCGGCCCGUGUUCUUGUCUGAGGAGACCCCCUACUCCUACCCAACUGGAAACCACACAUACCAGGAGAUUGCUGUGCCGCCCCCUGUCCCUCCACCCCCAUCCAGUGAGGCCCUCAAUGGUGCGCUCCUUGACCCCUUAGACCAGUGGCAGCCCAACGCCUCCCGAUUCGUCCACCAGCAGCCUCAGUCUCCGCCGCCCGUGUCUGGCUCCAGUGCCAAAACGUCCAGUGCCUCCAUCCCCCAGGACAGUGUUGGCCCUCCCUGUCCCCGAGCCGGCGAGGAAGAGCACGUCUACAGCUUCCCCAACAAGCAGAAGUCGGCUGAGCCCUCACCUACCAUGAUGAGCUCCUCCCUGGGCAGCAACCUUUCCGAACUUGACCGCCUGCUGCUGGAGCUGAACGCUGUGCAGCACAGCCCUCCAGGCUUCCCCGCAGAUGAGACCAACUCAAGCCCUCCGCUGCCUGGGGCCCUGAGCCCUCACUAUGGCAUUCCGGAGAACAACAGCCUGCUGGGGGUCAAAGCCGGGCCCCUGAUGAAAGAGAAGCCCAAGCGGAACGGGGGCCGUGGCCUGGAGGACGUGCGGCCCAGCGUGGAGAGUCUCCUGGACGAGCUGGAGAGCUCCGUGCCCAGCCCCGUCCCCGCCAUCACUGUGAACCAGGGCGAGAUGAGCAGCCCUCAGCGCGUCACCCCCAGCCAGCAGCAGACGCGAAUCUCAGCCUCCUCUGCCACCAGGGAGCUGGACGAGCUGAUGGCUUCCCUGUCGGAUUUCAAGACCAGCUCCUCUGCUGUGGCCUUGAACUCCCUGGGGCUGCUGCCCAGCUCAGCUCCAUCCUCACACCACAUACUUUCUCCUCCUUCUCCUCCUCCCCCCGGGCCAUCCCUGACUAAACCCACCCCACGAGGCCACAGUCACACCCCGAAGGUCCUCCCUGUCGAGGAUAAUGAUAAUGGAAAGGGCCUUUUCUCUCCCGUGGCCCCCAGUUGGCUUGAUUUGGCUGGCCUUGGGGUGACAGCUGGCCUCGGGGCGACACCUGACACUCCUAACUCAAGGUCCUCCUCUGCAAAGGGUUCUCUGGGGCCAUUUGGUGCAGAGAGCCGGGCUCAAGUUUGCAGGGAUGUGCUAAACCUCCCGAGUGAGCUCUCCAGGGCUUGCCCAGGCCCCAGUCUACCCGCAGCUCCAGCUCCAUAUCCCAGUCCCCAGGAGCCUGGAGACCCCCGAGGGCUGUCGGUCAACCCCGUGUACCCAGAGGAGGCCUUGGCUGCCACGUGGGAGCAGCCGUGGGCUGUGGAGGCGCUCAGGCCCGAGACUCCCCGUGGAGCUACGCCCAGCUUCCAGGAAGUGGCCGAGCCAGCUCUUGUAGCUGUAGACCGUCAGGCCAUCUUCCCAGAUACCUGGAGUCUCAUGAAGGAGUGUGGACAGCUGAGGGGGAGGGCGAGGCCAGAGCCAGCGGGGCUGGGGAGCAACUGCCCGGCUCCAGCUGAAGAGGAGCAGUUAGGUGAAGAGAUGCCUGCGAGGGGAAGCCUGGUCAGGCCAGCCCAGGGACCCGAGACACACAGGAGGCCAGAGGGCGCCACCCAAGCUGCCGCUGAGACCAAGAGAGAAAAGCCGGAGCUUCCACAUGCCGUGGUCGCAGACUCGCCCAAGACCACCGAGAGGAUUUCCACCUCUGGCCAGAUCCGCUCGGUGAUCAGGAGGAGCCGGGAGACGGGCCACGCGCACCCCAUGUCCCGGGAGCCCUCCCCUCGCCGCCGGCUGGACCCCGCCACCCUGAGCAGGACCCCCUCCCAGGAGCGGCUCAUCGCAGAGCUGCAGGGUCGGCUGGGCAUCCAGCCGGAGGCCGAGGAGGCUGCGGGGGCCGCAGGGGCCUCCACCGAGGACUGGAUGACAGAGGGCGUCAUCAUCACUGUUCAGCCCAGAGGGAGGCGGGCUGAGGGGCAGCUGGUAGAGAAGGUGGUUUUUCCUCCCGGCUCUCCCAUUCCUCUGAGAAGAACCUUCCCUGUUCUGCCUUCUCCUCCUCCUCCUCCUCCUCCUGUCCCUUUGCUCCAGCAUCACAGAGAUGCCACGGCCAGCGGCCCUUCCCCCCCACCCGGCACGCCCGUCCCCUCCACCCUGGGGCCCUCAGCUCUCCCCUGGGGGUCUCCGGGGGCCCAGAAUGCCGGGGCAGGGUCGCGGGAAGAAGACGUGCAGGGGCCCGCCCCUCCCCUUCCUGCGCCCCACACUGUGAGGUCCGUGGGCUGCCAGACGGAUGAGGACCCGCUCUUUCCCCCGCUGCAGAUCCAGGGCGUGGAACAAAGAGCAGACGGAGAGCUGUGCUGGGCGGCCGGCGGGCCUCCGAAUGGCAGGCAGAGCAGCCCCGAAGGGCAGGACGAGGGAGGGUUCAUGGCCCAGGGGAAGACAGGGAGCAGCUCUCCCCCUGCAGGGCCCCCAAAGCCCGGGAGCCAGUUAGACAGCAUGCUGGGGAGCCUGCAGUCGGACCUGAACAAAUUGGGGGUCGCCACAGUCGCCAAAGGGGUCUGCGGGGCCUGCAAGAAGCCCAUCGCCGGGCAGGUCGUGACAGCCAUGGGGAAGACUUGGCACCCCGAGCACUUUGUCUGCACCCACUGCCAGGAGGAGAUCGGGUCCCGGAACUUCUUUGAGCGGGACGGACAGCCCUACUGUGAAAAGGACUAUCACACCCUCUUCUCCCCGCGCUGCUACUACUGCAACGGUCCCAUCCUGGAUAAAGUGGUGACAGCCCUUGACCGGACGUGGCACCCCGAGCACUUCUUCUGUGCUCAGUGCGGCGCCUUCUUCGGUCCUGAAGGGUUCCAUGAGAAGGACGGCAAGGCCUACUGCCGGAAGGACUACUUUGACAUGUUCGCACCCAAGUGUGGUGGCUGCGCCCGGGCCAUCCUGGAGAACUACAUCUCGGCCCUCAACACCCUCUGGCACCCCGAGUGCUUCGUGUGCCGGGAAUGCUUCACGCCGUUCAUCAAUGGCAGCUUCUUCGAGCAUGACGGGCAGCCCUACUGUGAGGUGCACUACCACGAGCGGCGCGGCUCGCUCUGCUCCGGCUGCCAGAAGCCCAUCACGGGCCGCUGUAUCACCGCCAUGGCCAAGAAGUUCCACCCCGAGCACUUCGUCUGUGCCUUCUGCCUCAAGCAGCUCAACAAGGGCACCUUCAAGGAGCAGAACGACAAGCCUUACUGUCAGAACUGCUUCCUCAAACUCUUCUGCUAGGCGCCCUGGUCCCUUCAUCUACCCUGUCCCCUGGCCCAGCCUCCCCAACUGCUACUGUGACCCAGAGGCCUCGCCCAGGGGUGAAGGGCCAAGCCCGACUGAAACUGGAACCCGUGUCCUCGGCUGUGCAGGGUGGCAAGAGGGCCUCAAAGGGCCCCACCUGCUUUUCUUCCCUCUGCCAGAGCCUCUGGGCCUCCCACUCCUGCAGCCGCCCCCAGGCCGCCAGCUCUCCCUCCUCCCCAGAGAUGGGGUUUGCAGGGCCCCGCGCCAUGAACCCGCCUGGCCAGGCUAGCGCCCCGCACUGGGGCCACCUCCUACUCGUGUUUCGGCAGUGGAGCCAGGGGAAGGGCAGGCAGGGUCAGAUGGGGUUUCUUUUUAUCUUUAUUUCCCUCUGACCAAACCAUCCUUGUUCUGAGAGUGUUGGGGGACAGCUGCCCCCCCCAAGACAAUGCCAGCAUAAAUCCAUCUGACCAGGGUCGGCGUGCCCAGGGGCCGCGAAAGGUUCCGUGUGCCCCCCUUGCCGUCCCAGUCUCCCAGACCUGGGCAACUGGCCCCUGCCCCUCCUAACUGCUCCGAUUCUACUGAGACAGGCUUCUCCAGCAAUAACGUUUUAUAGUCACUUCUCCGUCUCUGGGGACGGCGUAGGUGGGGCCUUUCACCUCGUGCCUGGACACUGUACCGACUUUGAUAGAUUUCUACACUGAGGUUUGAAUUCAUAUCGUCUGAGUUGCUUUUACUUCUCUACACAAAAUGAUUUUGAAGAGAUUUUAAAAAGACGUCCCCUUUUUGUACUCUCCUCCUUGUCCAUCGCCACUGGUCCUGUGGGUGUCGGUGGCUGUGGGGCAGGGUUUGCCUUGUACUGAGGGCUUGGGGUGGGGGAGCCAUUUGUACUUUAUUUUUUCUCAGCAUAAGCAGGUGAAGUGGGAGCAGCCCUGAGGCUCCCCUUCUUUAACUUCACAGCUCACCAGGACUGUUUUAUAAACUGCUGUAUUUUGAAUCCCCUUCCUUACUGCACAGGCCAGCAAGCUCUUAACUGAAACUGGCCUGAGGGUUCUUGCCCUUCUGAGCCUAGGAUUGUGAACCUCAUCCAUCCUGUUCCUGAGGGAGGAGAAGGGGAAAGUAUACUUUGGGGGUGCUGUUUCCUGUCUAAGCCAUGAGGAGCGUCUGUUCCCCUGUAAACUAAAGAACCCACCGAAUGUUCUCGGCCUCCUCACUGCUUCUCUGGGGCUCCUUCUUCCUCCUCCUCAGGAAAGCUGGUAUCUGACUUUGACCAUGGGUCUUGUUUCCACUGGGUGCAUCACUUCCCCAAAUUUUCUGCCCUCCUUGGAAACCGGAGGUCUGGGGAAAAGGGCCCAGGUUGUUGCAAGGGAGCGUGAUAGGAUUCUGGGCAGAGGGCCAGUAUCCUGCUGAAGUCGUGGAAGCCCCCAGAACUUUCUCUGCCAACGAUGAAGCAGGAGCCGGCAGACCUGGGGUUCCUGGUGGGCAGAGAGGGGCUGCGGUGGGGUCUACAGUGAGGAAGAUCCAGACCACUCUGCUAGCCUCAUAGCCGAGGCUGAGUGCACUGGGGUCCCAGUGGGGGGUCCCUCCGUGGCAGGGCUGGGAGCAGCCGGGUCUGGGGAGGUCAGCCAGGCCGCUCCAAAGGUCUGACGGCUCCACUUCUACCCAUAGGCCUUAUUGCUUAGUUUACAAUGACCAACCCCAGACCCCUCCCCUAGAGGAGCGGGUGUCUGCGGUUUGCCCUCCGGGUCAGUGGUCAUUUGAUGAUGUGAUUUUAAUUUUUUUCUCUGUAAACUUUUAACCUGGCUUUUCCCCAUUUCAGUUCCUGUGAUUUAUGCCAAUAAAGUUUGCCAUUAUUUUGA